AUGGUACCAUUGGCAAUACUCAAAAGAACAGUUCAAAGGGCUCCGAGAUUAGUCUCUCCCACAUCCUUAACCCUUAGAACGUUUACUCAGUCCACCAUGAGACGCAUUGCUCAUGAAGAAGAUCUCGUGGAUCUCAAAACUUUACCUAGAAAAGAGGAACCUGAAAUUUACGCUCCCUUGAUAAAUCCAACUGAGAAGUAUAAAGUACAAAUAGAAGAAUUGCACAAGUUUGGUACUUAUAUCAUGGCAUGUUUACCCAAGUUUGUUCAACAGUUUUCCGUAUGGAAGGAUGAGUUGACAAUCUACGUUGCUCCAUCUGCAGUAAGACCAGUUAUGUCAUUUUUGAAAUAUCACACCUCAGCUCAAUUCAAAGCAUGUAUGGAUGUUACUGCUGCUGAUUACCCCUCAAGAACUAAUAGAUUUGAUGUUGUUUACAACUUGUUGUCAGUCAGACACAAUUCAAGAAUAAGAGUCAAGACCUAUGCUAACGAGACCAGCCCUGUGCCAUCUGUGACACCUUUAUUCAAUGGUGCCAAUUGGUUCGAAAGAGAAACAUAUGACUUGUUUGGUGUAUUCUUUACAGGCCACCCUGAUUUGAGAAGAAUCAUGACCGAUUAUGGUUUCGAAGGUCACCCAUUGAGAAAAGAUUUCCCAACUACUGGUUACACUGAAGUUCGAUACGAUGAGGAGAAAAAGAGGGUUGUUUAUGAACCAUUGGAAUUGACUCAAGCUUGGAGAAAUUUCACCGUUGGUUCAUCGGUUUGGGAACCAGUUGGCGAUGGUCAAGAUUUCACUCCAGAGAACUUUAAAUUACCAACUCCCGAACCAGAGCCAGAAAACAAGGAUGAAAAGAAGUAA